CAAUUGAGCACCCUACCUCUUGAAUUCGAUGUCACUCGAUGUAUAAAAGGCGAUGAAUACCUUCAGUUGAGUAUCCAUUCACACACCAUGGCUCGACACAUCCAGAACAAGCUCCAGAAAUUUUUUUCGAUGGCGAUGGUGUUAUUUUUGGUCGAUUUCAGCAAAACGAAUGGGGCGAGUGUAGCUGUGGAUUCGAAGGAGUCGAACUCAGAGACAGGCAGUAAUUCGAUUUCUGACAACGGUGGAAUCGUCGAAGGGAAACUGGAUCCUCGCAUCAGUGAUGGCAUUCAAUAUUCCGGCAAGAGUUAUGGAGGAUACAAUACUGGCUAUGCUGUUCCAUCAAAACCCAGUUCAAAUUACGGAUCUGCCUAUUCCGCAUCUGCUUAUUCUGGAACAGGAAACUACGGCAGCGACUCAUCUUACGCCAUGCCGGCUAGUAAUUACGGAGCCGGGACGAACGGAGCUUACAAUACGGGAACUUCUUACGGAUCUGCCUAUAAUGCAGCUAACCAGGGACUCUACGCUACAUCUUAUGGAUCUGGAAGUUAUGGUGCAGGAUCUUCUUACACAGGCCCAUCUUACGGCGUUACACCUUCUUACGGCGUUACACCUUCUUACGGCGUUACACCUUCUUACGGCGUUACACCUUCUUACGGCGUUACACCUUCUUACGGCGUCCCUUCUUCUUACGGCGUCCCUUCUUCUUACGGAAACAGCCAUGCCUAUGGAUACGGAUCAGGCUCCUCCUACAACGUUCCAGACUAUGGUGCACCUUCAGCAUAUGGCAACAACGCAGGAUCCUCAUACGGCAACUAUGGCGUCUUUCCUCAUUCCACCUAUGGCAACAACAUGAACCUGCCCGGCUCUUCCUACGGAAACGGCUACAGUGGAUCGAAUUACGGAUCCGGAAGUUACGGUAUGAACACUGGAUCAUACGGUGGAAUUGGUUAUGGUGUUACAUCUUCCCCUUACUCGUCAUACGCCGGUCAAAUGGGUUCAUCUUCGCCGUAUGGUGGAAACUUUGGUGGCUCUUCUUACGCAAACUACGGCGGCAACACUUACGGAGGAAUGAUGAAUGGAGCUUACGGUACGGGUCAGGGAGUCAAUUCUUUUUCGUCCAUGAAUGGCGCAUACAAUCGGAAUCCACUUGGUUAUGGCAGUAAUGUAGUUUACUAAAUUGAUGUUUGGAGUCUUUAAUCGUUAAUUGGUUAGAUUGUUUAGAAAGUUUUGGCUCAAUUCGACAAAUAAACUUCUUUAAAAAAAA